CACUUCUCCGUUCUCAAUUAAUCCGGUGAGUAAGGAGGCACUUUCACAUGCAACAAUAACAUGACACGAAUGAGUCUGCUAAACAGAUUAGAUGGUGGUGAGUAGUUUUCAAAGAUUGGCAUCCCACUGGAAGCAACCAUGAUCCUCAGGCACAUGCAAACACUAGUGAUUGCCACCAUUAGGCACUAGCUAAUUUAGCAUUCACUUGGCUUCACUCGAUGCAAGCAUGCAGCGCAGUGAGCAGAGCAGUUGAGGUGAGCUCCACCGGAGUAAGGCAAGAUUACUCACCAAAUCCACCACCUGACUCGGCCAAAUCCCUCAGAACUGUCCCGCUGCCUUACCAUGUCCCCCCACCUGCCGCUCCUCUCCUUCCCAACACGCGGAUGGGCACCCCUACGCCGCCGCACCGGCUCCACUGCCUCAUCCUGCUCCUGGUGCUAUCCUUGGUCCCGAAAUGGAUGACCGCGUCGGCGUCCGCGCUCUCGACCUUCGCCAUGGCCAAGGCGGACACCACGACCAUAGUGUGCGGGCUGCUGCCGUCCGCGUCCUCGCCGCUGCUGGUGGACCUCAACUGCACGGCGGCCGGCGGCGACCACGCGCGGCAGGAGACGUACCCGUCGUUGCUCCCCUUCUCCGCGCUCGCGGGAGGGGGGAACUUCCUCUGCGCCGUGGGGCCCUCCGGCGAGCGCGCCGAUGCGGUGGACAUGCGGUGGUGGGACCUAUCCAAGAACGGCGGCAACAGGUCCAAGAGGGUGUACCUCGGCCCACCGCUCCGGGCGCUGUCCUCCAGCGAGUACCGCGUCUGCGGGGUGCUGGCGGCCGGGGAGCUCCACUGCUGGCGGUGGCGUGGUCUGGCGAUACCGGCGGGCCUCCGGUUCGUCGCCGUCGCCGUGGGGGACGGGUUCGUGUGCGGCAUCGUGGAGGGGCCCCCAGCGUCGAUCCGCUGCUUCGGCAACGGCACGGCAGACGAGGCCGUCGCCGGCGCGCCGCGGGGCGGUAGCUACGACGUGGUGGCGGCCUGCGGCCGGCGCGCGUGCGCGCUGUCAACGGAGGGGGGGCUCGCGUGCUGGGGCCGCGGCACGCCGGCGCUCGGCGCGGACGCGGACACCGGGUACGCAGCGCUGGCAUUAGGGGAGGGCGGCGUCUGCGGGCUGCGCACCAACGGCACCAUCCGCUGCUUCGGCGACAGCGUGGCCGCACCGCCGGGCAGCCUCGCCGACGCCCAGUACAUCGACGUGAAGGCACAGGGCAAGGCGUUCUGCGGCGUCCUCAUGGCGAACUACUCCCUCGUGUGCUGGGGCGGCCGCGAGUUCAACGCCACCAACCGCCUCGUGUUUGGCCGCGUCAUGCCGGGCCCGUGCGUGCACAUGUCCUCGUGCCAAUGCGGCAUCUUGCCGGGCUCGGCCAACCUCUGCGCCUCUGGCCGCUGCAUCUGCGUGGACUGCGCGUUCGAGCUCAACGUCGCCGCGCCCAAUGUGUCGCUCGGCCCCGGAAAGAGCGGCAGGAGUAAGAGGAAUAUGUGGAUUGCCAUCGCGGCGGCGGCUGGUUCCCUCGUGUUCUUGGUGGCAUUGCAGAUUGUGCUGCUCCUGUGGUGUCGCCGCAGCAAGAAAGGCAAGGAUGGCGCCGCGGACACGCAGCAAUCGCUGAUGCCGCCGCGGCUCGGGUCCAGCAAGGGCCCGGGCAGCGUGGUGGAGCACUUCACACUGGGCGCGCUCCACGCGGCGACGGACGGGUUCUCCGACGACCGCCGGAUCGGGUCCGGGAGCUUCGGGUCGGUGUACCGCGGCACGCUCCCCUCUGGGCGCGAGGUCGCGAUCAAGCGCGCAGAGGACGCGGCCAAGCCGACGAGCUCGGCGGCGCGGCCCGCGCGGCGCCGUGACCGCGAGACGGCGUUCAACUCAGAGCUGACAGCGCUGGCGCGCGUCAACCACAAGAACAUCGUAUGCCUGCAGGGCUGCUGCGCGGACUCCGGCGAGCGCCUGCUCGUGUACGAGUUCAUGGCGAACGGCACCCUGCACGACCAGCUCCACAGCCGCAGCCCCCUGGCCCCGCCGGUGGCCUCCUGGCGCGGCCGCCUGACCAUCGCGCUCGACGCCGCGCGCGGCAUCGAGUACAUGCACGUCUACGCCGUGCCGCCCAUCAUGCACCGCGACGUCAAGUCGGCCAACAUCCUUCUCGACGACUCGUGGACGGCCAAGAUCGCCGACUUCGGCCUGUCCUCUGUUCUGGACGCCGGCGCGUGCGGCGACAAUGGCAGCCCGCAGGAGCCGCUCUACACCGGCGGCACGGUGGGGUACAUGGAUCCGGAGUACUACCGUCUCCAGCACCUGACGGACAAGAGCGACGUGUACAGUUUCGGCGUGGUGCUCCUGGAGCUCAUGUCCGGGUGCCGCGUCGUGCAGCGCUACGCCGAGAGCGUGACGCCGAAGAACGUGGUGGAGUUCACUGUGCCGCACAUCCUCGCCGACGACGUCGUCCGCGUGCUCGACCCGCGCCUCCCCGUCCCGACGCCCGACGAGGCCGAGGCGCUCGCCUACGUUGGCUACCUCGCCGCAGACUGUGUGGGCCCCGUCGGGUGUGAUCGCCCAUCCAUGACGGAGGUCGUCGACGCCCUGGAGCGCGCCCUCGCCGCCUGCGGGGCGGCCCCGCUCUCCCGCGUCGGCACCGCCCGCCGUGCGCUCUCCCGCUCCGGCACGGACCAGUUUGAUCUCACCGACACCGACUAGCGGAGCCCGCGCGUUGACCACGCGUUCCCUCACCGGCAGCCAUCGCCAUUACCACCCGUGGCUGCUGAUGUAGGUUGGCGAUUCGCAUUGCGUCAGCGGCCAGUUCCCCGUUGCGAACUGCAAACUGCCGCACGCGAGUCGCCAUUGGGGACACCUAAAAAUCAUGGCUCUGGGCCAUGGAGAAACGGCAAUCAAGGACCAAAGCGAUGAAGACAUCUCCGAUCCUGCUGCGCACUGCUGCAAAAUCAACGGUUUCUUGGUAAGAUUACCUUCGAUUGACUCGGUAACAAACCCCACAGCGGCACCGGAUCAUCGUGCUGGUGAAACGAAUUGAAAAGACCCGGCACGACGGAAAAUAUCAUUCUUUCUUUCUCUUUUCUCCUUUCUUGCUGUAUUCGUUGUGUAUUUUCUUUUGGCAUUUCCUGUUUGGGCGGUUUCCACGGGCGCCCGGAUUCUUUACUGAUGUGCACAGAUAGAUCGCUGACAAAGAUUGAGAAAAGGGAAAGAAAAAUUCAGAGUGUUUCAAUUGA